CUCUCCGAGCUCAGAACACCGAAGUACCAUAAAGUUUCUCUGCCACGCACUCACCGCACUCAGCAUGGCGCGCAUCGAUGAAAUGCGGUUUGAGCCUUCUCGUCUGAACAAGGCGAGCGCUGCCGAAUACUCAUCCUCCGAGUCCGAUGCGGAGGAGGAAGACGAAUACUUGAUGCCCUCGCGGAAUCCCCACGACAGCGAAUUCGCCGACUACAACCCCAGGAAGCGGCGCCGCACAGGUCGCGACGCCAAGGAGAGCGCAGCUCUCGGGAUAUUUGGGUCUGAAAGCGAAGAUGAAGGGCCGAGUCGGAAGUGGAAGCACAAAACGCUCCGCAACAAGGGUGUGAGCUUCGUCUCUUCAGCCAACCCGAAGCCCAGCUCCGACGAAGAUGAUCAGGAUGAGGAAGAUGAGGAUCAGCAGAGUGAGGGCGGCGAGUAUGCCGAAACAGAUCCCAAGGAAGCUGCUGCAGAGGAGGAAGAGGACGACGACGACGAAGAGAUGGGCGGUGUAGGUCUCGGCUUCAAGGGCGCUGCAUCGGGAGGUCUAGGAUGGACGCCUCCUACUCAGCAACAGUUGCCCUCUAAAGCCUCAGCACAUCCCCAGAAGGCCUUUGUUAAGUCCAAAUUCGACGCCAGCAAUCCCCUGGGGACCGGGUUUGCGCCGACGUCAGCGAAGGUACCGACACUUCUUGUGAAAGACGAUGAACCGAACACGCCCCGCACGGCGGCCCCAAGCACAUUCAGCCAGGCCAGAGGUGGGAAGACGAAAAUCAACACCGAUUCAUUCGCCGCGCGCAUGAUGGCCAAAAUGGGUUACGUCGAAGGCAAAGGCCUCGGAAAGGAGGGCCAAGGGCGGAACGUCAUCAUUGAGGCAAACCUGCGACCCCAAGGGGCUGGUUUGGGCGCCGUAAAAGAGAAGACAAAACAAGAGAGGGAGGAGGAGAAGCGGCAAGCCCGACUUCGCGGCGAGGAGGUUGUGGACUCGGAGGAAGAGGAGAAGAAGAAGAAGGCCGCCCGUAGGAAAACGGCCCUUGCGGGUGGCAUUAGCAGUGGCGGCGGCAGUGGUGCUAGCACCCCGAGACGCGCGAAAGCAAAAUACCUCACGAUGGAUGAGAUCAAGAAGGCAGCCCCUGGCCUUAACAUUCCUGACGCCUUCACGCCGAUUCUGGACAUGACUGGGCCAGGCAAGAGGAUGCUCACGUCGUCUUCUGGAUUGAUGACCCCCACAGGAGGCGCCGCUUCGACAGAAUCCGUCGAAGCAGCCGAGAACAGGAAGCUCGCCCGGCGUGCACAGAAUGACUUCAUGGCCAUUCUUGAGGAGUGGCAGGGUUUGCAGGAGCGCAAAGCCUACUUGGAAUUGCAGCUCAAGCAAGAGCUACAAGAGCUGGAAGAGCUCUCGGCGAGCUUGCAGGGCAAUAAGUCGGUUACUACAGCAUGCGAAGUGGCUUCUCAACCGACGGAGAGCGGAGAGGUGGACCGGAAAGCGGAUCUAAGCUAUCGGCUGGACCAUAUCAUUUCUGGUCUUGGGGAUGCGAACAGCUCCCUCUCAGACUCUAUGCUGCCGCAGAUCAAGGAGGAGCUUUCUGCGCUCGCCGUCGCCGCCAUCCACCCCGUAUUCAACCAGUUCCGCCAGCUUUGGGAACCGCUCGAAGAGCCCAAACCCAGGUUCGUGGAUGGGCUCAACUCGAUCCGCCCCCUGCUCGGCCUCGACCAGCCGGCAAAGAAGACCUACCGCCGACCCACGGCAACACCCUAUGAAACCAUGAUGUACGAGCUAUGGUAUCGAACCCUCGCCGGCACCAUCCGGGAUUGGAGCGUGCGCGACCCCGACCCGCUCAUUGCCGUGAUCGAGGCGUGGGACGGCCUCCUGCCCCCCUUUGUCCGCGCGCAAGUGCUGGGGGACGUCAUCCGCAAGCUGGAAGACGCCCUCCAGAAGUGGCAGCCAAAGAAGCACACCCACAACCUCCCGCACAGCUGGAUUUUCCCCUGGCUGCCGUAUCUCCCGCCCGCCCACCUCGACCCCAAGAGCUCCACCGGCCUGGUCGCCGACGUCCGCCGGAAAUUCCGCCAGCUCAUCGACUCGUGGGACUUUAGGCGGGACGUCAUCCCGGGGUUGAAGCAGUGGAAGGAUGUGCUCCGCCCCAGCGGCGGCGCCCGCGACCACUGGACCCCGCUGGUCAUGAACCACCUGCUGCCGGGCAUGGCGCGGUUCCUGCGGACGCACUUCCGCGUCGACCCGCAGGACCAGGCGCCGUACAUGGACGUACUGGACAAGCUGUUUGAGUGGCUCGACGUGGUCCGCCCCAGCAUGCUCGCCGAGGUUGUCGUUGCCGAGGUGUUCCCCAUGUGGCACGACGCGCUCUACCAGUGGCUGCUCCUGGACGAGACGAAUUAUGACGAAAUCGGCCAGUGGUUCCAGUGGUGGCACGAUGAGGUGUUUCCAGACGAGAUCAAGGCGCUGCCGUCCAUCGUGGCUGAAUUUGACAAGGGCACCGCGCUGAUCGAGAGGGCGCUGGACCUGGGCGAUCGGGCGAGGGAUGAACUGGAACCACCGGCCAAAGGCCCGGCUCUGCAACCGAGGGCAAGGUCGCCUAGGCGGAGGAGGGAGGAGAAACCUUCUCGCGGCAGAGAGGAUGCCACUGCUUCGGUCAAGAGGCCCGAGGAGAUCAGCUUUAGGCAGGUCAUGGAGGAGUGGUGUCAGGAGAAUGACUUGCAGUUCAUGCGCGAACCUACCAAGGUCCAUGUCGAAGGUCCCAUGUACAGGAUCUCGGCGUCGGAUGGCAAGCGGGGCGUGUUGGUCUACUUUAAGGGGAACAGUCUGUAUGCACUGGUCAAGAACCGGGAACCGGUAGAGAUCAGGAGGGAGAAUCAGGACGACUGGGGUACGUUGCUGGACUUGGUAUCGUAGCCUCCUGGGACACCUCCAAAUUUUUGUGUCGUAGACAACUGGAGUGCGCAGUAACGGCUAUCAAACCAAAUAAAACGAGCUAUUUGGAAUGGC